UACGAAGUUAGGACAGCUUCAUUUGUGCCACGCAGUACCGCCUUUUGUAUCGACGUCAACCCGAAGUGUGUGCACGAGGACUUCCUCGAUCCUCGAGGCGAUAAGCAGGGCUCUGGCAAUCAGCGGUCCUUCCAGGCACCGAGUCUUUGCACCGACAACUCAACAUCCCACAUCAUUUGAUCUGGGACACCCAAUCUUCAUGAGGCCCCCCCCAAAAAAGCAGCCAAACUUGCACCAAACAGAUUGCUGGUGGGACAGAGGCGCCCGGCCUCGAGUCUGGCAGCACCCUCCGAGGCAACUUUAUCGCUCCUCCCUUCACCGCGGCCAUCUCAAUAAAUACUGCUAAGUCUUGGUUCGCCUUUGGAACUCUGUCAUUUCAUCUGGCUUCAAGGCCAUGGAUGACAGGUCGGCAGAGGUUCAAAGCCUCAUCCGAAUUGUCCAGGUGCCUGCCAUUUCAAAGACAGUCCUCCAGUCCAUCUGCGCCGUGAAUGGCAUCCCCAAGACUGGGAAAAAGAACGAACUCCAGAGACGAAUCAUUCAGCAAAUUCAAUCCUGCGCCGAGAGCCGUGACUGGGCGCGCUUGAAGGAAAUUCGCGAGAGCAUUGCGAAUAGGGCUCCUGUUUACAUAACCCCGGCACGGGUCUCGCAAGUCCCGGUGCCGCAAGUCCCGGUGCCGCAAGUCCCGCCGCCGCAGUGGCAGCCCCAAGUCAAAUCGCAAUCAACGUCGCAGCCGUGGCCACAGUCAUUGCCGCGGUCCACCUCUCACCAGACUUCAAGUUCUCAACCCUCCUCCAGCUAUGCGAUGCCUCCCUACGGCCAGUCAGCUUACGAUGCGCUCAAUGGGCUGCGAUCGCAGAACCCGCCGGCGCAUUCGUUACGUGCACCGCAAGGUAGCUCGGGUAAUCGGGCGCUACCCGGGUUAAAUGUGCCCACUAUCACUUUCAAGGCAAGCCCCUUCUACGAAAUUAAAUACCAAGUCGGCGAUGUCAAGACCCUUGAGGUGAUGACAUCGCACCGGAACUCGGAGAAAAUCUCUGUCAGGGUUCAGGAUCAUCCAGCGCUCCAGCUGUGCUUCGCGGACAAAAACAUGAGAGUCAUGGUGUUUUGUGCCGCGGGGAAGGAUGGGGUGCAAGAGAUUGCAUUUCCGUACCAGUGCGAGUUGAAGGUGAACGGCGGUGACAUCAAGGCGAAUUUGCGCGGCCUGAAGAACAGACCUGGGUCUACUAGACCGGUUGACAUCACGAGCUCGCUGCGCCUGAAGCAAUCCGGCUACACCAACAACGUCGAGCUCACCUACGCACUGACUCAGAGGAAAUUCUACAUGUGCCUAAUCGUCUGCCGUGCGAUUCCUAUCGAGACUCUCGUUGCGCAGAUCAACAAAAAGAUUCGCAAAUCAUCCGUUAUUACGGAAAUCACGAAAAAGGCCAGUGACCCCGACGUGGUUACCACGUCGCAGAAUUUGAGCCUGAAGUGCCCCCUCUCUUACAUGAGGCUCAAGCUCCCGUGUCGUGCGAUCGGCUGCAACCACAUCCAAUGCUUUGAUGCAACGUCGUACCUUCAGCUGCAGGAGCAGGGUCCGCAAUGGAUAUGUCCCAUUUGCAACAAGUCCGCGCCGUUUGAACAGCUGGCCAUCGACGAGUACGCGCGAGAGAUACUAACCAAGACCAGCGAAGACGUUGAGCAGGUGACUAUCGAGCCAAAUGGCGAGUGGUCCAUGCCAGGCACGAAGAAGAAAGAUACGCCGAACAAGGAAACAAGCUAUGUCGAGGACGAAGACGUCGUGGUCUCGUCGGUCACCAGGACGGCAGGCAGGACAACAAAGACCCCUGGCCUAGUUGCUGCACCCCCCGCGCACUUAGCGACACCCACAAGCGUCGCUUCUCGGGACACCUCGGCCGCCCCCAGGUCGGCAAGCGGCAAGCGACCAGCCCCUGAGGUUAUUGACCUGACGUUGUCGGAUGAUGACGAGCCGCCACGGCCGGUGAAGCGCGCAAACCUCGGCCAUCAGUAUUCGACUGUCCCAUACUAGAAACAUGGGACUGGCAAGAAGAAGAAGAAGAAGAGUAAACGUUAACGCUGCUUUCCACCAGUUUUGUUUUUGGCAUUUUCCUAGUCUGCUCGGCGAUGCUGGGUUUUUCCGAGGUCCACCAGCGCACCGUCACGUCACGAUGCCCGCCGGUCGAACCUUGCAGGCGAUCAACACGGGGUCUCUAUUAUGGGCCUACAUAUUUCCGGGGUUCUUACAUUGUACGCGGGAGGACCAAGGCAUUUGGUAGGCGUUGGGUGGUGUGGUAUUAUGGCAUGUGAAAAUCAUGUAAUGGAAGGGAGUUCCUUCGGAUCAGGCAUGAACGGAAGAAGCAUUUUGCCCAGGGUUGCCCAGGGUUGCCCAGGGUUGCCCAGGGUU